AUGGAUGAGAAUCCACAGGACAUGGAGGGGGUGCAGCAGCAGCAACAGAACGAGGAGCAGCAGGCCAAGCCGGAAAGGGUCAGCCCGUUCACGUUCCAGCCGGCGCUCGUCAUUGGAGAUAUGGUCAAUGUGGCACUGGAAACCUGCGCAGAUGCCUUCGACCGGUUUGAGGAGGCCGUUGCGGGCGCAGCAGAGAUCCGGCCGGAGCACCGACGAGCACUGCUGCAGGGGAUUGGCGUGCUGUACGAGUGCGCCUCUGGCAGCCUCAACCAGGCGGCCACUAACUUUGAGCGCCUGGCACAGGCCACGAUCCUGCGGGUGCCGCCAGAGCUGUAUUUGGAGCAGGAGGCGGCGGCCCCACUGGUUGAGGUGUCUCCUGAGGAAGAGGCGCAGCUUGAUGCUGAGCUGGCGGACAUGCGGCGGCAGAUUGGGGAGGCCAAGCAGGACUGCCGGGGUCUCAGGCAGCAGCUGAAGGAGAUCAACCGUGACCUGGCUUUGGCAGGUGACCCGUCCGCCUUCGACCCGCUCUCGGGCGCGCUGGCGACGCAGAGGGCGGCGCUGCUGGAGGACGCCGCGUCCAUCGGCGGCGCGCUGCAGCGGCUGGGGCCGAUGCUGGCCCGCGCCAAAGGGGCGCUGGCGGCCAGGGAGGGGCCAGGGUCGAGCCUCUGCGCCAAGGCGCCCAACGCUGCGGAAGCGGCCGCGGGCGCGCAACGGCGCAUGGCUGCCGCGCAGCAGGACACGGGGGCGUCCCUCGACCAGCUGGAGGCGCUGCAGCAGUCCCUGACAGGCACGACGCAGUAG